AUAGUAAAAGAGCAGCGCUAGUCAAAACUAUUUGUUCCUUUCUACAUAGAGAUAAAUCGAGACCAUGGGAGCUAAUGUUUCUUCGCCAGACCAGAGAUAUUCAGUGACACCCGACCUCCCUUCAAGGAGGCCAUGGACGCCUCGCUUCGAGUCCCAGAUUUCUCCUUACAAAGUUAAAAGCCCCCUUAUUGUGGAAAUCAAGAAUAAGAAUCAGUGGAAAUCUCGGCUCAACGCACUCAAGGACACCAACAAGCUGCUGGUGAUUGAGUUCACAGCCAAAUGGUGUGGACCAUGUAAAUCCCUUGAGCCGAAGGUUGAAGAGUUGGCGGCUAAGUACACCAAUGUUGAGUUCGUGAAGAUUGAUGUUGAUGUGUUAAUGAGUGUGUGGAUGGAGUACAACCUCAAUACUUUGCCUGCGGUUGUAUUCAUGAAGAGAGGCCAAGAAGUAGACAGAGUUGUAGGUGUGAAGCUUGAUGAAUUAGAGAGGAAGCUCCACAAAUAUGCACAAUCCUUCUUCUGAAAAAUAUGAAGCUUUUACUUGCAUGCCAAACAAAGCUCCUCAUGUCUUAUCACCUUAUGCCAAGAAUAGUAUGCUACUAUAUAUAAAUAAAUGUAGCUCUUCAUGAUGCAUAAUCACCUAAUUAUGCCAAUAAUAGUAUGCAACUAUAUAAGAAUAAAUGUUUGAACGAGAUUCAACAAAAUAAACAUAAUUUGUGUAUGUAGGUUGGAUUUGCAUGUACUUACCUGUCUCGUGUAAUAAAUUUAUGACUACUGGUUUGUAUGGUUUAUAUAUGUUUCCUGUUCUCCC